CUGGCUUCGACAGAAGCAGAGACAAUUAAUCGAACAAAACGAAGCUUCUCUGCUCCUCUAACAAACACGGCGUGCAUUAGCAGUUCAUUACUCGGAGCUGGGACUAGAAGAGAAGGCCGAAAAUGGUGGAGAGAUUGAAGUGCUUGGUUUUGGUGGGAGCAGGAGCUCUAUUGGGCUCCGUCUCUACCAUCGCUCUUCUGAAGCUCCUCUCCAGAAGAAACAUCGUAAGUAGAUGGAGUGGCAAGACAAGUGAACUCAAUAGUAAAGGACAUAUAUCUGGAGGGGGUAACCAGGGAUUUGAUGUUUCUGGAAAUAGGGUGGUUGGUUUGGACCUUCUAAAAGAUGAAAUAGUUUCUGAACACCUCACAAGGAAUAUCCAAUUCUUUGGCCUGGAGUCCCAACGGAAAGUGACUGAAUCCUUUGUUGUAGUCAUUGGUCUUGGAGGAGUUGGAAGUCAUGCUGCUUGUAUGCUUCUGAGAUCAGGGGUCGGCAGGAUCCGUCUAGUGGAUUUUGAUCAGGUAUCGCUUUCAUCAUUGAAUCGGCAUGCUGUGGCAACGAGAGAUGAUGUUGGGAUCCCUAAAGCCCUUUGUCUUAAGAAGCACUUUUCAGUUAUCUUCCCAGAAAGCCAAGUAGAUGCAAGAGUGCAACUGUAUGAUGCGUCAUGUGAGGAAGAAAUUCUUUCAGGCCAGCCUGAUUUUGUUCUUGAUUGCAUUGAUAAUAUUGAUACCAAGGUGUCACUUCUUGCUGCAUGUGUACGGAGGAGUUUGAAGGUACUUUCUGCUACUGGUGCAGGUGCAAGGGCUGACCCAACACGAAUUCGCAUUGCUGAUUUAAGAGAAUCUAUAAAUGACCCACUAUCUCGAACGGUAAGAUACCGCUUGAGGAAAGACUAUGGUAUUGAAGGUGGAAUACCAGUUGUGUUUUCAUUGGAGAAACCAAAAGUGAAGCUGCUUCCUUUUAAGGGUCCAAGUGGAGACGAAGAAAAUCCUUUGGACUAUCAGAUAGUACCCGGUUUCAGGGUCCGCAUAAUACCUGUUCUUGGGACUAUUCCUGCAAUUUUUGGACAGGUGAUGGCCUCCUAUGUUGUGACACAGCUUGCUGGGUUUCAAGUACAAACUGAGCCAGUGGUGAACUUGGAUAUGGAUCACUAUCGGACUCUUCAUCAGCGCCUUAUUGAGCAUGAAGAGAUGUACUAUGGGACUGCCAUGCAAGUUCAAGUAGAUAUUGAGGACGUGAUGUAUGUUGUAAAAGAAUUGUGGCAUGGAAGAAGCACAAAAGAUCAAUCUGCUAAGGUUGUCGGACGGGGUAUGUGGAGAUCUGUUAAUGAGUUGAUGCUUGUAAGGUGGGACAGGGCAAAGCCAGCAUCUGUGUCUAAUUUGGUUCUUCUGAAAUUUAAAGAGGCUGAUGAGCACGAGGCAAGGACGCUUGAUGAUAUAAAGGAAAAGGAACCAGAAUUCUACAUGAGGGUGACAUCUGUGCUGAAACGAGCUGAAACAGACUAUGGUUUAUAGGGCUCAGGUUCUCAUUAUUCUAUAUGACGGCCAGGGUUAUGCCUUCCAACUAUUCUUCAUGCAGCAGAUAUCAUUGUUGGUCUGGCAAAUUCACAGUGAACCCUUCCUAUACCAACCCAUUGCCAUAUGCCAACAUGUGUCAAUGGUGAGAUUUUUUGGUCUUAAUAGGUCGUAUUGCAUUUCCCACUCCUUGAGGCCUUAAAUUUUGUGCAAUAUUUUGCUCGCUAGGGUAUUGUCCAUUUAGAAGAGUUCCCUCCCCCCUCCCUUUUUUAUAUUUUAUUUUAAGUUGCAGUUUUCCAGUUUUGUUUAGAGUGGUUGUGCUCAAUUGUUUCAAAGUUCAAACAGUUUUAGUGACCUGUGUGAACAUUGGAAACUAGGCAAAAAAAAUUUUGUAGCCAUCUCCAGAUUUGUCUAACUUAUUCAGCACUAAUCAACUGAUGUAAUUUUUUCAACCUAGAAAGA